AUGACUGAUAGUCCUUCAAAUAUAGCAACAAGAAAUAACUCUCGAGGACCAUUCCUUUUCAAAUGCUGCCGCGUUGUGUAUAACAAGGAAACAAAUCGAUUGGAACUCCCCGAGGAAGAGGUUGUUGGAAAAGAUUUUCUUAGAUGUAAAAAGGGGGACGAGGAGGACGAGGAGGAGAAGGAAAAGAGUUAUUUGAUCGGUAAGAUCAUAUAUAUAGAAAGGGAGGGGAUCGAGGGAUGAUGCAGUGGUGAGAGCACCCAUUCCGAGAGGUUCUCUCCUUAGCUCAGAGACGUGUUUCCUUGAUACAUGUACUCCGGCUUUCCCCUCUCCCGAAAACAAGCAUUUCCAAAUUCUAAUUGGAUCGGGAGCGUGGAUGUGCUACCUCUAAAUCGUUGUUUAUUGUUUAUUGAUUGAUUUAUUAAAUUAAAAAAAAUAGAAAAUGGAAGUCAUUACUUGGAUUUGAGGUUCGCGGUUGACCGCUUUUGUAGCUCUUCAGGCUUAGUAAAGUGUGUUUAUCGACGUAAUUUGAUUGCCGCAUAAUGGCACAAAUAGAUUGAAUUUACUAACAUAAUAUUUGCGAGCAAUCAGUUAAGUCAAUCUAUUAAGUGCUGAUUUAUACCGAAAAAUAAAAUUAGAAAACUUUCUUUAGGUGCAGACUCUAAAACAUACAAGAAAACAUAUGACAUGGAAAGCAUUAGAAGCAUUUUUGAGUGUAUAACGGGAUAUAGCUUUAAAUCGCGACUCGAGGAAUAAUUCUGAAAAAUAUUCUUGUUAUUGUAGAUGGAUUUUGGGGCACAGUGCACAUUGUAGCUAGGGUUGCCUCCUCUUUAUUUUCUUUCCAGGUUGGGAGAUUUGUGUUUUGUCCAAGAUGCAGCGUAGCAAUAUUAAAUUUUGGAUCGUUCUGUUAAAAUGCUAUCUUCUAAAUUCAUCCGACAGGUUUGUCUGAGACUGAAUGA